CCAGCCUCGACGUACUCUCCAUCGCAGUCUCGUCAUCCUUGCAGAAUGGCCGAUGAUACAAGGGAUACCAAGGCGCCUCCCGCGACGGCCGAUCCCAGCUCACCGCCGGCCCCAGAUGCUGAAGAACCUCGCCGCCCUCGCAGACCGAAGCCCAAGUACGAUUUUCCCCAGACUCAAGUCGGCAAGCUCUGGGAUGCAUUUGGCAAUCCAGACGAACCGAUCAAUACCGUUCCCGGCGGUACAUACAAUAGUGCCGGUGGAAAACCGAAGGAAGUGACAUGGAGAGAUGCAUUUAACUUUUCAUAUGGCCCUGGUGGCCCUGCGUGGUACCAGACACAAUGCUCGCGAGAUUCGUUGUUGGUGGGAAUAGGAGCUGGAGGUGCUGUCGGCGGAAGCAGAUUCAUUUUAAAAGGAAUUUCUACCAUUGGAAGGUCAGCGAAUUACGCUGUUGCGACAUUCGUCCUUACAUCAGGGGUGAUGUAUUACUGGUGCGACCAGAAGCGGAGAGAAGAAAGUCGAGGGAUGGCCAUUGCAGUCGCUGGCAUGAAGCUGUUGCACGAAAAGAAGGCCAGAGAGAAAGCCGAAGCUGCGGCGGCCCAGGAAGCCGCGAGAAAGGCUGAAGAAGAGGCCAGAAGACGUUCGUGGUAUAAGUUUUGGUAAAAGAAGCCGUGAAGCAUGGAAUCACACUGUUCCACUCCUUGGCGACUAGCGCUGGUUGUUCAAACCCAGCGGAACCUCUGCCACACCUUGACCGAAGGUCGUGCUGCUGUUACGGACGUUGGCGCAAAUCUCCCUUGGCGAGUUCCGGGAAACGGACAUACUGUACAGGUAGAAGAGAGGGUUCAAUCCUGCCGUCAUUUCAGCCGUGCUCGAAAUGGACGCGGGCAUUCUUUCGCGGCGAUAAUUCGAUGGCGUUUAUGUCGUCACUCUCAUUAUAGGGACGUUUUCUCCUCUCACUUCUCUGUUGUCUUGCUUCGCGGGCCUCACGGUUCUUAAGCUCAGCGAGCUGUUGCUUGCGUUUCUGUGACCUCGACCAGGCCAUUGCUGGGGUAGGGCGGAAGCCGAUUCCGUUAAUGCCAUAGCCAUCGUCAUUGGGAUCAUCUGGAUUGUGACCAGUGAUUUCCGAGUCAGUCCAGAAAAUAUCUGACAGGCUGGUGUCCAUAGGAGGAGACUUAUGCCUGGUCGGCUUUUGUUCGGAAAAAGAGGAUGCCAACGGAGAGGUUGACGUUGCUGAUCUUGACGGACGCUCUGGCGCUGGAUCAUUUGCGACAGUCGUUGGUUCUUCUUCGGUUUUGGCUGCAGAUAGAGCCGACAGCUCAGGGUGAUCAGACGGGGUCAAUUGGGAGAAUGACGCUUCAUCGACGUUCUUAAGACCAGAGCCUCCAUCAAUAGCCAACUCCCCAAACUUCCUGCUGACUUUCGUGCGAGGGC